GAAGACCCUAAGCCCGCAAUUGACGAAGCAUGCGCGCAAAGCCAUCACUGCCACGGCCUCAAAGCGCGGUUCGAUGCCUGCACGGCGAAGCUGGAGGCCGGUAACGGCGCCCAGGACGAGACGUGCGUCGAGGAGUUUUUCGAUCUUAUG